GAACAAGUGAUGUGGAAUGGCCCCCUGCUGCCCCACCAGCCACCCCCUGCUUCCCAGCCCUCCUGAGGGCUUGCUGUGUGCCUAGAACUGUGCUGGAUGCCAAGGUUUGGGGUGGGGAGAGAACAGUACCAGAAAAGCCCAAGACACUCCACCCCUGCAUUCAGAAGUUUGCAGCCUCCCUGGGGAGCCCAGAACAGCACAGAUCUCUCAGGAAGUGCCCUCCUGGGCCCUGCCUGGCAGCUUUGCUCUGCCUCUGCCCAGGCCCCCAUGCCCUCCCUGCGCACCCAGGCCCUCCUCCGGCACCCACAGCUGGCUCUGGCUCUGGCUCUGGCUCGGGCACUUUUUCCAGGUCGCUGCUCCCCCCGGUGGUGGCUGGGUGCCCUGCAGCUCCAGCCCAUGUGAUUUCGGGGAAAAGGCGGUGCCCAAAGGAAGCGAAACAGGGGACAGUAGGAAGGGGAGGAGAGAGAGAGACACACACAGACAGACAGCUGAGACGCCUAGCUGUGCCUAUCAUACUCAUCCAAACCAAGGCAACUGGCGGCCAGCGCAGAAUGGCUUCCGGUCGGGCUAGAUGUACUCGAAAACUUCGGACCUGGGUUCUGGAGCAGGUAGAGAGCGGGAAGUUCCCAGGAGUGUGUUGGGAUGAUGCAGAUAAGACCAUGUUCCGUAUCCCCUGGAAGCAUGCUGGCAAGCAGGAUUUCAGAGAAGAACAAGAUGCCGCCUUCUUCAAGGCCUGGGCAAUAUUCAAAGGGAAAUAUCGAGAAGGAGACCAAGCCGACCCUGCAGCCUGGAAGACCCGCCUUCGGUGUGCCCUCAACAAGAGCCCUGAGUUUGAGGAGGUUCCAGAACGAGGCCACAUGGAGGGGUCUGAGCCCUACAAGGUGUACCGGCUCCUGCCUUCUGGCACCCUUCCUGAUGCAUCCUUAAUCCCCACUCUAGGGCCCAACUCCUCUGGUGCUUCCACAGUCCCACAAGGUACCCAGAAACUACAGCUAAAGAGAAGCCACACUUUACUGUCCUCGGAGGAAGAAGAUAAUGUGGAGAAUAAACGGAGCUGUAUCCCUAGCCUGCCGCCGUCCCUGCAGAGCGCCCCUGGAAUCAUGGUGCCAAAUAAGGGAUCCAGCAACAGCUUUCAGCACAUGGAUGAUUCUGGUAUUGGGAGCAAUAGCAACAGCCCUGAGCCCCAUGAAGUUGCUAACUCUACUGAUGCCACUUUACAAGACGAUCUAGAAAUCCUCCAGUUUUUCCCCCUUUCAGAUGCAGAUUACUCCCUUUUGCUCACCUUCCACUACAGUGGGCAUUUGGUUGGAAAGACUGAAGUGUAUGGCCCUGACUGCCGACUCGUAGCCAAAUCUUCAGGAUCCCAGAGUAACAUGGAGCAGGUGGUGCUACCUUCUGCCAGUGUGCUGACUGAACCAGCCCUCCAGGUAUCCACAGAGCACCUCCUGAACCUCUUUGACCGUGGCAUCUUGGUAGCUAGCAAUGCCCGAGGUCUCUUUGUGCAGCGCCUCUGUCCCAUCCCCAUUUCCUGGACUGGGCCCUGCACCCCAUCUGGACCUGGACCCCAUCUACUACAGGACAAAAAAUGCGUAGAGGUCUUCAGUCCUGCCAAAUUCUUCCAAGGCCUAGCCCGAUACCACAAAGGCCUGGCCCCACCCCCUGAGUUCCAGGUGACAUUAAAUUUUUUGGAGGAGCACUGUGGUCCUGGAUAUACUCAUAAGAAUCUCAUCACUGUCCAGAUGGAGCAGGCCUUUGCUCGACACUUGCUGAAAACUGGACUUGUAUAAACAAAGAAUGUUCCAUUCUUUUUGCAUCUGUUACACUGGUCUUCCUCAUCCUUCCCUUGAACUCUGAGGGGUGUACUGUUCCUUAUAUGCCCUUCUGGUUGGCGUUGGUGCCUUCUAUGAGUUAUAUCACCAUGCUUGGUAGCUGAUAAGGUUGGGGGAGGUCCUUGGGAAAUCCCAGCAGCUCAAACUGGAGUGCCCUUAAAUUCCAAACUCUAAAAAUAACUUUAGAUUCACUGUCUAGGUUUUUGA